AUGGCCACUUGUUACCAAAAACAUCCAUUUGAGAUCGAGCACGAAGAUCGUCUCACAACUAUAAACACGAAAAUAUUUGAAAUCAAAAAGAAAAUACAAUUGUCAGAGGGUCAAAGGAAGUCGUGUUAUGAAGAGAACGAGCAAGAAAAGCAGCAAAACAAUGACCUCAUAGAAACCCUUAAGAAGGAAAUUAAACUGAGGCUUGAUGAGUUAACAAAAGCCAAAGUUGUGAUUGGAGAAGAAGAGAUACAAGUGAAAAAGUACUUAAAUGAUGUAUGUCCUGUAGGAAAUAAGACUAGUGAUCAGAUAAUACAUAAUCUGGAUCUAAAAGUAAUAGAACAGAGGAAGCUGUUGGACCUACUCAAGUACGAGAAACGUAGCAAGAAGAAUAAAUUGCAUAAUUUGGAGAAAGAAUACGAACAUUUACUCGUAGAAAAUACGAAAGGUGAACUCGUGAAGUCGAAAUCUAGCACCAGAGCCAGAAAGAAAACUUCCCACUUGGAAAAUGAAAUUCACAAAGUUCUCAUUCAAUGGACUGAAGCUGAACUCGUGAAGAAAAAAUAUUUCUCCAUCAGACAAGCUCUCAUAGACGAUUCGGUCAAGUUUGAAAGCUCACUCACGCUUAUAGAAGACGCAUUGAAAAAACAGAAGGAGGAGAUAGGUAAACUUGAGAAAAUCCGAGAAGAAGCAGCGGAGAUGCGCGUGCGCGCUACAGCUGCCACGUCAGUAGAAGCUGAGCGCGCUCAUGAUGCAGAGCAUAACAGGACUCAGGAGAAGGCGUACUUCGCGCAGAGGUUCGCAGAGAGGAAACGGGAACUCGAGAAACUGGAGAAGAGGAUAUUUCCUCCACAAGCUCGUGUGGUUCGACAAGAAUCUAUAAAGUCUGAUGAAGGUGAAAUUGUAACUGAAGAAGAAACAGCUGCUGUUCAAAUGGAACAAAUUUUCCAAAGACUCAUGAAACUAACAGGAGCAAACGAAGCUGAAGAAGUAUUCGAAAGGUUUCAAGGUCAACGCGAAACGAGCAAAAGGCUGAACUACCUCCAGCAGACCAUCGAGGAAGAAAAGUUACAAUUAGAAGAAACGCAGACCACACUCCUAUCGGAACUAGAGGCGUUCAAAUUCGCUUCAGUCAAAGAUAAGGAUGAAGGACAAGAGCAAAUAAACGAUUUGAAGGAAGAGAUAAAACAAGAGAACGAGAUUCACGAAGAGCUGCAGAAGCAGCUGGAUGAACUAGAAACAUUACUACUGGAGAUCAAACGUCUGUUGUAUGAUCUCUGCAAACUUUUAGAUGUGAUACCAGAUCCUCCAAUACCAGAGUGGACAGCAGAAGCCAGGGAUGUGCAAGAGUUGAUAGUGGUACUAACCGUGCGUUAUGAGAAAGCGGUCACCAGGGCAGGCGAGAUCCGAGACAAACAGGGGGGGGAGUCUACCACCAUCGUCAUACCUUCGAACCCAACAAGCCGUCCGCAAUCCUCGGUAGCCGGGUUGAGUACCAGCCAAAGCACGCCCAAAGAGACUGAGAAGAUCGUGCCAACUUAUAAAGAACUAGUCACUAAGGAACCGGUCAAAGCCCCACCCUCUGACGAAGAAGAAGAUAUACCCUCAAGAUGCUACUUAAAACGGCAGGCUCAACUCAUCAUUGACACCAAAUGCAGAAGAAAGGGAUUCAGGGCCUUUCCCAGGAAGUAA